UAAACACACAUCUAAGUUGAACGAUUAUAAUUCACUAGUAUUUCAGACUAGUAAACCUCAACCAGAAUGGUUACCGUUGCAUCUUCUAACAUACUCUCCGAAAAUCUCUUGCGUUACAGCACAUAUUCUAAUUUCCCUGGAUCAUGUCCCGUCUUCGCUUCUCGUUUGUCGUCUGCUGGAUUUAGCUAUGAAGGAAAGGGCGACAUUGUCACGUGUUCAGCUUGUGGACUAAAAGAGGGCAAUUGGAACGGAAUAGAAGCUCCACUUUUGGUGCAUGCACGAAAAUCUCCUUCUUGUCCACUAAUACAAAGUCUGCGUAAGACGGAUAGCUAUGACGAUAUGAAAUCUGGUUCAAAAUGUAGCGAAGAUGUGGAAAAGUUCGAGGCACCAACGUCAGACAAAUGUGACAGAUCAGCCAACCCUGGAAAUUUUAUACUAAAAUUGGAAACAAAACCUUCAACCAAAGACCUGUCAACUAAAAAUGACGUGACAAAUCACCAAAGCAAUACAGAAAGCAUGUCGGGUUUCAGUUCAGGUUAUGGGUCUUACGAUCGUAUUGACGGUUUAGACAGCAACAGUUCCACAGAGAGUGGUAAUUUCGUACAUAUGUCCCCAUCCCCAAACAGCCUGUCUUCUUCGUCAUCUAUGAUACCAUACACCAACCCAAGAUAUCCAAACAACACCAUAAUGUCAGAGAGAUUGAAAACCUUCAACAACUGGCCAACUCAUUAUCCACAGUCCGCUGAAAACUUAGCAAAAGCCGGAUUUUUCUAUACAGGUAUCAACGAUCUAGUAAGAUGUUAUCAUUGUGGAGGAGGUUUGACAAGCUGGGAGGCUGAAGACAAUGCAUGGGUCGAACACGCCCAUUGGUUCCCACAAUGCACAUACUUACGUCAAAAUAAAGGUGACGAGUUUAUCCAACUCGUCCAAAGUAUGGUCGGUGAACUGACCGAAGAAUCAAAUCAUCAGCACGAAAAUACCGGUGAUGCACUCGGCGUCGGUGCUACCUCUAGCAAUCAUAAUACACCCGAAACAGAAACUGACAUUGAAGGACUUAUAUCUGUAAGAAGUGUGAAAGAAAUGGGUUACACUAUGGAAAUUAUCAGACCAGCUUACAAAGAGGCCGUACGUCAACACAAAACAACCGCCAUUUCUGCAGUACAACUUAUGGAAAAGGUACUUGAAAUAGAAGAACGUCAAUCCAAUACUAACCAACCACAACCAAUUGAAGGUGCAAGUGCAAGCAUUUCAACUACAGAGAUACCAAUCCAAAGCAUUCAAAAUCCUGAAGCAGCAUCAGAGGUUCUAAAACCAGUACCAACCUCAACAGAAAACCAAAUCCCAUGUGUUCAGUACGAAACAACAACAGGCGAAUGUAAAGGUUCUACAAACGGUGAUGUUAACAACAAAGAUUUACUUCUUUGUAAAGUCUGCUUGGAAGAAGAUGUCAGCAUAGUUUUCCUUCCAUGUGGUCAUCUGGCGACGUGUGGUCAAUGCGCUCCGGCCAUGAAGCGUUGUCCAAUAUGUAGGCAACAUGUACGUGGAUCUGUGAAAACUUAUCUUUCUUGAUAAUGCAUCAACACAUAGAGGAACCCCAAAACCUCUCCAAAUAUUGCUUGGGCUACUCCAGACAGAAAAGAGGCGUCUCAGUUACUCCAGGCAAUAUACAGAAGCAUCGGUUACUCCAGACUUAACAGAGGUGACGAUGUUUAAUUGUAAAUGACAGCGUCUUAUGAAACAAUAGAAGAGGAUUUGACAUGAGGUGGAAUCGAAUAGAAUGUAGCUUUGACAUGCGGUGAAAUGAAACAUAAUGUAGAUUUCGCAUGCGGUGGAAUUGAGCAGAAGGAGCAAGGAGGUAGUUUGGCAUUUUAAGACAUUGAUUGGAUUUUGCUGUUCACCGUUACUGUUAAUAGUCAUCAGCAGAAGAUAGAAUAGACAAAAACGUUUUUAUCAACAGAAGACAAAAAUCUAGACUUAAAUAGCUUGAUUUCGUCAUGUAUAUAUGUACAUCAAAGAUCACAUGGGACUUUUAAAAUAAUAUUUUGAAAAAUUAUUUCAAAAAAAUUAAAACAGUAUUGCACUAUGUGU